AAGCCCCUCAGGCUCUCACAGUUUUAUCUCUUCUUUUUCAAGUCUUCACACAGGUGGAUAAGAUGCCCCGGCGACUCUCUGUAUCUGUCGCUGGCGCCGUGCUGGCUUCUCUUCUAGCUCUCGUCCUCCACGUAACCUUCAACUCCCCCAUCUCCCCUCUCCCUUCCCUCCGCCCCUCCUCACGCAUCACUCCAAACAACCUCCUAAAGACAGUGGACAGGCUGGGAGAAGGAAGGCUCGAGGGUCCAGAAGCCGUGUGCGUGGAUGGCGAGGGUACACUGUACACCGCUACAAGGGACGGUUGGAUCAAGAGGAUGCAGCCCAACGGCUCUUGGGAGGACUGGAAGCAGCCUGGAGGGUCGGCGCUGCUCGGGAUCGCCGUGUCAAUGACCGGAGAUAUCCUCGUCUGCGACGCGGAUAAGGGCCUGCUAAGGGUUGGGGAGGAUGGAGUGGCCACUCUUGCUUCGGAAGUGGACGGCUCUCCUAUCAUCUUUGCGGAUGAUGUUGUUGAAGCUUCGGAUGGGAGCGUGUACUUCAGCGAUGCAAGUACCAAAUUCGGAUUCCAUGAUUGGUUUCUCGAUCUCCUCGAAGCUAGGCCUCAUGGCCGGCUCCUCCGGUACGACCCUUUUACCAAGAAAACUUAUGUGGUGCUCGCCAACCUAACCUUCGCCAAUGGCGUUACCCUGUCGCAAGACCAAGACUUCCUGGUGGUUUGUGAGACAUGGAGAUUCCGGUGUUUGAAGCACUGGCUGAAGGGAGAGCAGGAAGGGAAAACAGAGGUUUUCAUUGACAACCUCCCAGGAGGACCAGAUAACAUUAAUCUUGCACCAGAUGGAUCCUUUUGGAUUGCCCUUCUACAGCUUAGAUCGAGGUGGAUUGAUUGGAUUCAUUGCUCCUGCAUGACCAAACGGGUGCUUGCAACAUUCCCAAAACUAGUUGAGAUUAUCAACCCUAUGAAGAGUGGGGCAAUGGUUGUGAAUGUAGCUUCCAAUGGCAAGAUCACACGAAUGCUUGAUGAUUCCGACGGUACGGUGAUGUCCUUCGUCACCUCGGCAAUGGAAUUCGAUGGUCAUCUCUACUUGGGCAGCCUGCAAACCAACUUCAUAGGAAAGCUGUCUCUGAAAUGAGUGAGCUUAUAGUUUGAAGUUAGAUGAGUAGAUAUUUUGAUUUCUUCUUACCAUAUCAACCUCCUGAAUCAGUAAAAGAGGCAUACACGCCAAAAAUUUAUAUAGGAUAGCUAUCAUAUGUAAUAUUCCUCUUCGUGGCCUUGAACAACAAAUCCUUUUUAAAUCUUUGCUGCAUGAUCUUGCCCUGAUGGGUGCAACAACA